UCUUUGACAAGGAGAUGUUUGUUCAUCUCCUUUCUCUCUUUUUAUAAUAUAAUUUUAUUUGUCCCUAAUUGGCUAAUCAUGGUAUUGAGAGAAAAGGGGAUUUUUCUUUAAGCAUAAGUACUUCAUUUUCUUCAUGAUUUUGAUUAAGUAGAUUUCUUCAGAGGUAGAGUUUGAUUGUAUGACUGCAGGUGACAUCUCUGUGCAAUAUAUCAUCUUAGAGACUUUAGAAUUUGUAUUUAGGCAGAGCCUUAAUCUGCAUCCAGAACCAGAAGCAAGGAGCAGUCACAAGAGAAUUGAUGAUAUGGAGGCUGAUGAAGGCUCUUUCGCUUCCUGGAGUUCGUAUGCCUUAUGCAUACUCUUGCAGUGAGGUUGGCAUUUUAUGAAGUCCAUAAAUACUGAGGCCUGAGGGAGAUUUGCAUAAGGUUGCCGUGUCAUAAUGGGCAGUUGUAUCUCAAGACAGGGUGGCGAGCAAAGAGAAAACAGGAAACACUUCGGCAAAUAUGGGAAACGUUUUCGAAAGAUUUCGUUUUCGAUUCACAAUAUGUCAGUUAAACGGAUUAGUGAUGCCGGAAAAAGAGGCAAAACUGUUCAUCCCAACUUUGAGAAGAGUGGUGCAAACAGCCACAACGAAGGUGAGGUGACUAACAAGUCAUUUCAGGUCACCCAGAUGCAAUGGAACCACAGCCAAAUUGAUGCAACAGGACUAUGCCAAGAAGAAGCAUGGUUUGACUCGGUUAGUAGUAUAGAUUCUGAUUCAGAUGACGACUUCUGUAGUGUUCUUGGAGGUCAAACUGAAAAAUUUCUAUAUGGUCCCAGAGGAGGAUUUCUGAUUCCAUGUACAACAGUAGAGAAGUCAGAUUCAGCAAGCUGGUCUGAGGUUUCACCUUCUGUUUUUAAACUCCGCGGUGAAAAUUAUUUUAGAGAUAAACAGAAGCGUCCAGCUCCAAACUACCACGCAUACAUUCCAAUUGGUGUUGAUUUGUUUGCCUGCCCUCGGAAGAUAGAUCACAUUGCACAACACAUUGAACUUCCUCAUGUGAAAGCACAUGACAAAGUGCCCUCACUACUUAUUGUUAACAUACAGCUUCCUUCUUAUCCUGCCGCUAUGUUCCUUGGUGAAUGUGAUGGCGAAGGCAUGAGCCUUGUGCUAUACUUCAAAAUAUCCGAGAAUUUCGACAAAGAGAUAUCUGUUCAUUUCCAGGACUCUGUCAAGAGAUUCGUUGAGGGUGAGAAGGAAAAGGUUACAGGUUUCGCAAAGGAGUUGAUGGUUCCAUACAGAGAAAGGUUAAAAAUUUUGGCCGGUGUGGUCAAUCCAGAGGACCUUGCAUUAUCUUCCGCAGAGAAAAAGCUUAUACAAGCUUACAAUAAUAAGCCGGUGCUUUCACGCCCUCAACACAAAUUCUUUAAGGGACCCAAUUACCUGGAGAUCGACCUGGAUGUACACCGAUUCAGCUACAUAUCCAGAAAAGGAUUCGAAUCAUUCCGCGAUCGUUUGAAUAAAGUGAAACUUGAUUUGGGUUUAACCAUUCAGGCACAGAAGCCUGAGGAACUGCCAGAACAAGUGUUGUGUUGUGUACGAUUGAAUAACAUUGAUUUUGUACAUCAUGGUCAAAUACCUACGCUUGUAACUCAAGGUUGAUCAAUUUAACAAUGGACAGCUCCUGAGAUUUAAUUUAGAGCUAAAAAUUCCAGAACAUUUAAGCAUCAACAGAUGAAUUCUAUAGUAGCUGCAUCACCAUGUUCAUCAGCUGUAUACAACUGAAAAAUCAAAGAAAAAGAAAAUUCUUUUUUUCUCAA